AUGUUAGAAGUUGUGGGGAAUUUGGUGUUGUUGUUGUUGACCUUGUGGGUUUCUGUGUCUGCAGGCAUGCCUCUGAGUUUGGACUGCAAGGCGUUCUUCGGUUACAGUGGAGAUUCCCGGCCCAUCAUCUACUGGACCAAGGGGGAGAAGUUUGUGGAGGAGCUGGCUGGACACAUCAAGGAGAGCCAAGUCAGGGUGUUGAAGGAGUACCUGGGGGAGAAGGAGGUGGAGCUGUCCCUAACGUUCGACGCGGUGGAGGAGGCGGACCUGGGGAACUACACGUGCCAUGUGGAGAACCACAUCGGGAAGCGUAGCGGCAGCGCCAUUCUUCAGAAGAGGGAUAUGUACCGCCUGGAGCUGGCGGGGGGUCUGGGGGCUAUCCUGCUGCUGUUAGGGGUCUUCACAGCCAUCUACAAGUGCUACAGCGUUGAGAUCAUGCUCUGCUACAGAAGACACUUCGGCAGCGACGAGACGGAGGAUGAUAACAAGGAGUACGAUGCGUACCUGUCCUACACCAGGGUGGACCUGGACUCUCUGGGACGUCCCUCCAGUGAGGAGGAGCAGUUUGCCCUGGAGGUCCUGCCUGACGUCCUGGAGAAGCACUACGGAUACAAGCUCUUCAUCCCAGACCGAGACCUCAUCCCCAGCAACAUCUACAUAGAGGACCUGGCUCGCAGCGUGGAGCAGAGUCGCCGCCUCAUCCUCGUCCUCACCCCCGAGUUUGUGGCCAAGAGGGGCUGGAGCAUCUUCCAGCUGGAGACGCGCCUCCACAGCAUGCUGGUGACCGGGGAGAUCAAGGUGAUCAUGAUCGAGUGCGCCGACCUGCGCAGCGUCAUCAACUACCAGGAGGUGGAGGCCCUCAAGCACACCAUCAAGGUGCUGUCCAUCAUCAAGUGGCGCGGGCCGCGCAGCAGCGAGCUGCAGUCCACCUUCUGGAAGCAGGUCCUGUGCGAGAUGCCGGUGAGGAGGAAGGAGGUGCUGUCUCGCCGGCAGGUUCUGGACUCCGGGGAGCAGGGCCUGUUCGGGGACCUGCAGACCGUGUCCACCAUCGCCAUGACGGCCACCUCGGCCUCCCUGGCGCCCGCCCACCACGCCGAGAUCCCCGACUUCAACCAGACGUCGGCCGCCCACCCCCAGAUGAGACACUUCUGCCGCAGCUACGAGUUUGAGAUGCCGCCGCCGUCCUCGCCGCUGCGCGUGGCCACGCUGGGCGGACGCCACGUCUACUGCAACAUCCCCAUGGCGCUGCUCAACGGACAGGUGGGCCAGAGCAGCUCGCUGGGCCGGAAGCAGGAGAUCCACCUCAACAGCACCUUUGUACCUCUCACCAGCCGCGAACUCAGCAGCGAUAUCUGGUAG